AUGAUGUCGUUCGGCAAGCUUGUGGUGUUCCUGGCCCUCAUCCACGUGCAUCACAGUACCGGAGCCAUUGCCGCAUCUUCGGCCAGGACCAUCUACUACCGGAAUACCCCACCAGAUCCGUUUGGUCGCUACAACUUCGAGUUCCAGACCACCAAUGGCAUUACCACCAAGGGGGCUGGAAAUGAAAACGGAGCCGUCGGAGUGGUCCAGUUCGUAUCCCUCGAAGGUAUUCCCGUAACCUUCUCUUACGUCGCCGAUGCGAAUGGCUAUCAGCCCACGGGCGAUCAGAUUCCGGCCAUUCCGCUCCACGUUAUCCGCCAGUUGGAGUACAUCCGCACACAUCCGCCGGUGGACGAGCUUCGUUCGAGGCGUUGGUAA